CAUUGAUUCAAUCAAUUCCAUUCCAGCCAUUCCCAGUCCAAUGUCUGAUCUGAUCUCGUCUAACUCAAUUUUGAUCCUGUGUUGAACAGUUGAAUUUGUGUUUUGUACAUUUUGAGGAAAUUUUGAUUUAAUAUUAACUAUAAGAAGAUGGCUCGUGGUGGUGGUGGAAGAGGAGGUCGAGGUGGAUUCAUGAUGGGGCGAGGAGGUGGAAUGAGGAUGCCGUUUUUCCCGAAGAAAAACUUUCCUCCAUCAUUUGUACCGAGGCAUCCAUUUGACAUGGCACUCUGUGAGCAGGCCUUUCCUCGGGUAAAGCCUCUUCCGGCUGGUUCAGAAGAAGCUUUCACUCAGGCUCUGCUUAAACGUAACACUGACCUGACGCCAACGCCACAAGAGCAGGCAGCAGUGUUAAAUCUAGUCACAAUGGUGCAGACGGCUUUUGAUAAUUUGGUUGUCGCACCAGGGAACUUUGAUGCCUGUCAAGUAGAGGAAGCUCGUCAGGUUGGAUCGUUUAAAAAAGGAACCAUGCUGACGGGACAUAAUGUUGCGGAUAUUGUUGUCAUCCUGAAAACUCUGCCGACCAAGAUGUGCGUUGGAGCCCUGGGAAAUAGGAUAUUGGAGGACCUAAAAAAGACAAAUGCGAAUGAAGUGUUAGCUCUCUGUACAAAUGAUAGAGGCUUCUUCGAGAUCAGCAGCUCCGAGGCAGCCGUGCGCGUGUUGGUGGCCACAGUCCAGUACAACCUGCGCAAGCUGGACCCCGAGAUCCACAUGGACUACAAGACCCUCCAGAGCCACCUCGCAGCCAUCAGGCACAGUCGGUGGUUCGAGGAGAACGCCCAUCAUUCCUCCGUCAAGGUGUUAAUCCGCCUGCUGCGCGACCUCAAGACCAGAUUCGACAGCUUAGAGCCUCUCACUCCGUGGAUGCUAGACCUGUUGGCUCACAGUGCAAUAAUGAACAAUCCGAGCAGACAAGCUUUGCCCAUCAACGUAGCCUAUAGAAGAGUCCUGCAACUGCUUGCUUCUGGUCUAUUUCUGCCUGGCUCAGCAAGCAUAACUGAUCGUAUAGAUAACGGAGUCACUUAUAGAGUACACCAGACGAUGACUCUGGAACAGCAAGACCAAGUGUGUCUCACCGCUCAGACCCUGAUCCGGAUCAUGGCCCACGGAGGAUUCAAAACUGUCUUGGACGGACAUUCCGGACUCAUCACCCAGACAACAGUGUGGGACGGUGUGGAAGUGACACCUCUGGAUAAGGCGUUUGAGAAACCUGUUGAAAAGGAAGGAGAAAAUGAGGACAUGGACGCAGAGGGUACGGGAGGGGAAGAGGCGAUGGAGACCACGGAUAACUAAUGAUAUUAAUAUUUUAAGUGUGAUUACUUUGAUAUGAUUUUUCAGUAGACAUCAGCAUCCUCACUAUUAUCACCGGCCAAUUUUAAUCACUAAGAAUCAGUAUUCUUAAUGUUUUGUGAUGAUUUAUAACUUUAUAUUUGUCUUUUAAAUUAAACUGAUCUUACAGA